CAGCCAUUGAACGUUCCAAAUCAGUUGACUCUGCAGUUCUGGGAAAGUAUAAUUUAUGGAGGAAAGAAAAUGAGAACGAGAACUCUGAUUCAACUGUACGCUUGAUGCGAGAUCAAAUCAUUAUGGCAAGGGUAUACAUAAGCAUUGCAAAUAUGAAAAAUAAGUAUGACUUGGCCCAAGAACUACAGAAUCGGCUCAAAGAAAGUCAGCGUGCCUUAGGGGAGGUAACUACAGAUGCUGAUCUACCUCACAGUGCACCCGAGAAAAUCAAAACUAUGGGCCAACUGCUCUCAAAAAUUAGAGGGCAACUGUUUGAUUGCAAAGUAGUCACUGGAAAGCUGAGAGCAAUGCUUCAGUCAGCAGAUGAACAAGUUAGGAGCUCAAAGAAGCAGAGUACAUUCCUGAGCCAGUUAGCGGCCAAGACUAUUCCAAAUGGAGUGCACUGCUUAUCCAUGCGCUUAACCAUUGAUUACUAUCUCCUCCCACCAGAUAAAAGAAAGUUCCCCAAGAGUGAGAAUCUGGAAAAUCCAAAGCUAUACCAUUAUGCACUUUUCUCUGACAAUGUCUUGGCUGCAUCAGUUGUUGUCAAUUCAACCAUUACGAAUGCGAAGGAGCCAGAGAAACAUGUGUUUCAUCUUGUUACUGAUAAACUGAACUUUGGAGCUAUGAACAUGUGGUUUCUGUUGAACCCGCCUGGAAAAGCUACCAUCCAUGUUGAAAAUGUUGAUGAAUUUAAGUGGCUCAACUCCUCGUACUGCCCAGUUCUGAGGCAGCUAGAGUCUUCUGCCAUGAAGGAGUACUAUUUCAAGGCAGAUCAUUCCACUGCUGGCUCUUCUAAUCUGAAGUACAGGAACCCAAAAUAUCUUUCAAUGCUCAACCACCUCAGGUUUUAUCUCCCACAGGUUUAUCCCAAGUUGGAUAAAAUCCUGUUUCUUGAUGAUGAUAUCGUUGUCCAGAAGGACUUGACAGGAUUGUGGUCGGUGGAUCUCCGUGGAAAAGUGAACGGUGCAGUGGAAACCUGUGGUGAGAGCUUUCACCGUUUCGACAAGUAUCUUAACUUUUCAAACCCACAUAUUGCAAGAAACUUUGAUCCAAACGCUUGUGGGUGGGCAUAUGGGAUGAACUUUUUUGAUCUCGAGGAGUGGAAAAAGAAAGAUAUUACGGGCAUAUAUCACAAGUUGCAGAAUAUGAAGCAAUCAAAUGCUAACAUUGACAAUAGAAAUCAAUUGAAGACGAAGCAUAGGUGUGGGUCAAAAUCUCUCCCAGUUAGGGUACACGAGGCGACAAUUGCAAAUGGGGGCCAACUACCAGAGUUGCCAUGUGUUUACAAAUCUACACACUUUAAUGAUGUCACAAAGCAGUGGAUUUCUCCGGAGUGCGAAGAGAAUUAUGAUAAUAUGAUAAAGAUUCAAGCUGAACAUUGCUCCAGACCUGGUGUGGUUCCAAUUACUCCGGAGGAGCUAUCUGUGAAGGUGCUAAAGCCAAGGUCGGGAUAUGUUAAAGGACUCGGGUUGAGGCGUUCCUUCUCUGUCAGGACUACCAGUGCUUCGACUGACAGUGGCUAUGUGAGGCGUCUAGAGAUGGAAAUACAAGAGCAAAAUGAGCAAAUUCAGUCACAAAAAGAGGAAAUUCAGUCACAAAAAGAGGAAAUUACAGCACAGAAACAUGAAAUUCAAGUAUCUUCUCGUUCUACGCGAGGUUAUGGCUCGAUCGCCGCUAGGGAGUGGUAUGCGGAGCUCCCAGAUACCGUUCGCGAUAUCGUGGACGAUGCAGGAUUUGGACCCUUCUGCGCGGGGCUAUCACGUUACCCGGCGAGCAGGACCUUGAUAGGGGCACUUGUGGAGAGAUAG